AUGGCUGGAGUCCGUGGGGCUAUUCAGGAACUGAAAGUUCAGCAGGACAGCGUUCAAUCAAAUAUUGAAAAAAUCGAAUCUGAUAUCAAGAUGGUUCAAAAUAAAAACUAUGAACUAGAGCAAACUAAACUCUCAUUAAGGCAUCAAGAGAUCCUUCUCAGGCAGAAGAUCGAGAAAACCGAACAGCAAGUGAAAGCCAAGUUAGACAAGAUUCGGAAACUUCAGGCGGAUUUCCCUGGUGUUCACGAAUCCACAGAAAAUCUCAAUGAUGCAUACGAUAGACACGAUAAACUGCUUGACGAACUGAAAGAGGCACGAGAUUUGGCUAACAGAAAUGAUAUGAUGUAUGAGGAAGUGAAAAAACGCCUUUUGAACAUGGAGCAGAGUCGGCAUAGAAUGGAACAAAGAGCGGCUGAAAAAGAGGCUGAAGCCUUGCGCUUGGAGCAGGGCUUUAAUGAUGUCAAUUCACAAGUUGAAGUUUUCAUGUCAAAAGAUUUGGAGGUUUGUCAUCACCAGUAUGCACAUCAAUUACUCUUCCUAACUGCACUCUAA